UCGAGGCGCAGGGAGAGAAGCCGCAGCCGCAGCGCCAUGGAGGGGAGUCCUAUCCCUGUGCUCACCGUGCAGACCGUCCCGUACGAGGACCAGAGACCGACUGGCGGCGGUGGGCUGAGGAGGCCCACGGCGGUCUUCGAGAGCCAGAGGAACUAUCUGCCCAACUUCAUCCAGAGCGUGCUCUCAUCCAUCGACCUGCGCGACCGCCAGGGCUGCACCAUGGUGGUGGGCAGCGACGGCAGGUACUUCAGCAAGACGGCCAUCGAGGUGGUGGUGCAGAUGGCGGCGGCCAACGGGAUUGGAAGAUUGGUUAUUGGUCAGAAUGGCAUCUUGUCUACUCCUGCAGUGUCAUGCAUUAUCCGAAAGAUCAAAGCAGCUGGUGGGAUUAUUCUGACAGCUAGUCACAGUCCUGGAGGACCUGGAGGAGAAUUUGGAGUUAAGUUUAACAUUGCCAAUGGAGGACCAGCUCCAGAUGUUGUUUCUGAUAAAAUCUAUCAGAUCAGCAAAACCCUAGAAGAAUAUGCCAUUUGUCCUGAUUUGAGAAUUGACUUAUCUCGGCUAGGAAGACAAGAAUUUGAUCUGGAGAAUAAAUUCAAGCCUUUCCGAGUUGAGAUAAUAGAUUCUGUGGAAGUGUACCUCAACCUGCUGCGGACAGUGUUUGACUUCAGUGCAAUUAGAAGCUUGCUAACAGAGUCAGACCAACUUAAGAUAAGGAUUGAUGCUAUGAAUGGAGUGAUGGGUCCCUAUGUCCGAAAAAUCCUGUGUGAAGAAUUAGGAGCUCCUGCUAAUUCUGCAGUAGACUGUGUUCCUCUGGAGGAUUUUGGAGGCCAGUAUCCUGACCCAAACCUGACAUAUGCAACUUCUUUACUGGAGGCAAUGAAAGGAGGAGAGUAUAGAUUUGGAGCUGCUUUUGAUGCAGAUGGAGACCGCUAUAUGAUCUUGGGUCAAAAUGGAUUUUUUGUGAACCCUUCCGAUUCACUGGCCAUCAUUGCUGCCAAUCUCCAUUGCAUUCCAUAUUUCUGUCAGAUGCCUGUGCGUGGCUUUGGUAGGAGCAUGCCUACCAGUACUGCACUGGACAGGGUGGCAAAAUCUAUGAAAGUCCCUGUGUAUGAAACACCAUCAGGCUGGAGGUUCUUCUCAAAUCUGAUGGAUUCUGGUCGAUGCUCACUCUGUGGAGAAGAAAGCUUUGGCACGGGUUCUGACCACAUCCGUGAGAAGGAUGGACUUUGGGCUGUCCUAGUUUGGCUCUCUAUCAUGGCAGCCCGUAAGCAAAGUGUGGAAGAGAUUGUCAGAGAACACUGGGCUAAAUUUGGCCGUCAUUACUUCUGCAGGUUUGAUUAUGAAGCACUGGAUCCUAGAACAGCAUAUUUUAUAAUGAGAGACCUUGAAGCUUUGAUCAUUGACAAGUCAUUCAGUAAUCAACAGUUUGCUGUUGGAAGCAAUGUCUACAGUGUGCAAAAAGCAAAUAGCUUUGAAUAUGUGGAUCCCGUAGAUGGCACUGUGACCAAAAGACAGGGGCUGAGGAUAAUCUUUUCAGAUGCAUCCAGGCUCAUCUUCAGAUUAAGCUCUUCUAGUCAUGUGCGAGCCACUCUCAGGAUCUAUGCAGAAAGCUAUGAAAAGGACCCCAGCAAACAUGACAAGGAGCCACAGGCUGUGCUGAGUCCUCUCAUAGCAAUUGCGCUGAAAAUAUCUCAGAUUCAUGAGAGGACAGGUCGGAAGGGUCCUACUGUCAUCACCUGAACCAAGGAAGGAUUGCUAACCCAGGGCCAAAGAUGAGAAGGCAAGGGAGGAAGAAGCUCUUGCCCAGACACGCCAGCUGUUUGUGCCUUUGUAUUACUCUAAGAGUUUGAGGUCAAUAGGGAAGGCAGGGGUGGGGAACAAAAAUUCAUUUCUGAUCAUAUUGUUCUUCUAUGACUGCAGUGUAUUUAAUUUUGUACUAUCCAGUAUCUUCAGUAUGCUCUUAUACAAAAAAAAAAAUAACCAAAGAGAAAGCUCCCUCUCAUCUAGAUUCAGUUAUUACAAAAUGCUAGCAUGACAUACAAGAUUGUUAUGAUCUCCAUUUUGUUUUUUGUGCUUGCAAAGGUAGGAGUGGGCUACAUAUAACCCUUGCUGGACUUUGGUAUAAUGCAUAGCCUCUUGUUGCUAUUUUGUGAAUCUUGGACUCACCUUGGGGGGGAGGGGAAGGAAAGAAAAGAAAAGAGUUUAUGGAAGCUAAGGUAAUUAUGAAAUUUAAUAGAAUACUUUUCAGAAAGACAAACUAUGUUUUCUAAACCCAUCCUAAGUUUUUAAAGGACUGCCUCCUGCUCUGGGCUUUUAGACACUCUAGUUGGUUGGUGGAUUCAGCUGCUGUGAAGGGCUAGUCAUACUACCUAAGAUGCCAGGAAUUGUUUCCUUAUGAAACACCACAGAAAGCAAAGUUAAAGCAGUAUAGCUCAUGUUCAGAAACUGCAGUUGUGGGUUCUCAAGUUCCUACCAGUUAUAGAUCCUAUGCAUGCUUGCUGAGAUGCAGGGGCCGUUUUGUAGAAAAAUAGAUGAUGGAACUCAUUAACAUGACUCAUUAGCAUAUGCCACCCCUCCCACCAGCCAAAAGCAACCCAAUACAAGAAAGGAAAGCCCCAGGCAAGUGAGGCCUGCUUGGGCUGGCUAGAGAUACAGCCAGUCCAAGCAAGUCUCACUCACCUGGGCUUUCCUUGGCCACCCACCCUCAUAGUCAAAAGACAAGCAAGCCACCUGCCACCCAAAAUCACAUAAGAAGUGAAGAAAGGGUAGUGUGGGUUUCUCCAAGAGUUAAUGAGGGCUGCUGGGGGUGUGGCAAAGCUCCUGGUGGCUGACUGACUGCCCACUCUCCUAAUCCAGGGAUUGUUAUGCAGCUGCACCUAUUAUUCAAUGGACAAGGCAGGUGGGGAGGAAGACGGGGAACCAUCAGAAAGGUUCAGGAGCUGUGCUCCUGUGAGCUCCUGCUGAAUUCAAGGCCUGCUGAGAAGUAAGUCUAAGUGAGUUCAGUGAGACUUUUUACUCUAUUGUAAGUGUGCAUAGGAGUGCAGCCUUAAACUCAGAUUUGAUUUAAUUGAUAUGCUUUCCAAAACAAGCUGACAGCUGCCGAUCUUGAUGUCACAAGUGAAGUUGCACAAAUAAAUAUUUAAAAUUACUGUGCAGCCAGGUUCCAUUCUCCCCACCCAUCCCCCCUCUCGGCAAUGUUCUUCACAUCCCAGUUAGCACAAAUGUUUUGAAUGAAGGGGAGGGACGGUGGCUCAGUGGUAGAGCAUCUGCUUGGUAAGCAGAAGGUCCCAGGUUCAAUCCCUGGCAUCUCCAACUAAAAGGGUCCAGGCAAAUAGGUGUGAAAAACCUUAGCUUGAGACCCUGGAGAGCCGCUGCCAGUCUGAGUAGACAAUACUGACUUUGAUGGACCGAGGGUCUGAUUCAGUAUAAGGCAGCUUCAUAUGUUCAUAUGUACAUUCUCAUAAUGAAAAAUGCAGUAAAAUGGUUAUUAUUUAGCCACUAGCCUUGAUGGAGAUCUGAGUCUUUGGUUAGACUUCACUGUUUUGUAAUGGAAAAUGGUGCAGUCCACACACACACCCUUUGAACAUAAUAAAUGAUAUGUUGUGAACUGGUACUGAACAGUGCCAUCCUAAGCAGUUAUACCCUUCUAAGUCCAUCACAUUCAGCAUAACUCUGCUCAGAAUGGCACUGUCCUAAUUUCUAAACCUUUCUUUUUGUCUCAAGAAGUGUUCCACCUCUUUAGGGAUGAGUGGCCACUGGCACAGUAAAACGUACACUGGAAAGGAAUGCAUGACCCUUUUAAAAAGCCAGCCUGCAUUGUUUGAAUUUAAAUACCAGACAUGCUCCCAAUGAGUACUCAGUUAUCUCUGAUUUAACUAGACUACAGUGGUGGACUGGCAUUGUAUUCUGGUUAAAUAAGUACCACAGUAACUGGGGGAAAAACAUUUCCAACAUACUGUUUUGAACUCUAGACCUCAUACAUGUGGAAACUAUUAGAUAGAAGUUAGUCAUUUAGCUUGGAAUAGGACCUCCAAAAAUUUUCAUUCACAGAUUCAUCUGAGAAAUGUUAAAGCCUUCACAUAGAUUCAUCUGUGUUUGUUUUAUGCUGGCUUUUUAAAGAAACAACAUGAUAUUGAAAAUUACCCAUCUUCUGCAUAUAGCUCACCAACUUGUCAAUGUUCCUGUGGCCUCCUUAAAGUAUCAUGAGUAGCCUUGAAGCAUUGCCUCCUCAGUAGUCCUCAAAGAGCCAUCAUUGCCUUAGAGUAGCUCUCUGCACAGUGGAGUGCUCACUCAAAUUAAUGAAAUGUUGUUUUGACUUUAAAAAAAAACAUGAUUAAAGACCUCUGUGGCAGCCAUUUAAACUCCCAUGUGGUCCUCUUGAACUUUCUCAACACAAUUUACAAUAUAUUAGGUUAUUGUUCUAACACUUUAUAUGAAGGAGAGGUUGGAAAAGACAGACAAAACUACUUAAUCUGAAGUGCAUUGAACUAAAUCUGUUGGAUUAUUUUGUUACCUAUAAACACACUGCUGUCAUUUUGCAUAAUUCUUGUCAGAGGAAUGUCAGCUAUGUUUUUCAAAAGGCUUCCUUUAUCAAAAGAGUACAGUAGCCUGUUGUGAUAGUUGUGAGUUUUUUGGAGCAUGGGGUCUCAAGAAGGAUUUUAUCCUUAAUGAAAUAUUAGCUGUGGUUGCCCUCAAACUACAAUGAAUUGAAUGAAGUUUUCAAACGAAUCUUCUAAUUGAUUUAGCUAUCCCAAAACCUACCAGAUGCUUUGUCAGAGAAUUGUAGGAACAGAUAGAGCAAAGGGAGGAUGGCUUGGGGAAUCCUUGGAUAUAACAAAUGGUUCUUCUGCCUGUGAAAGCAUAGCACUGCUCCAUGUAAGGCACACAACAUUUAACUGACAAGAACUUUUUGUGCAUGCAACUCGUUUGAAUGUUUUUCUUCUUUGGGAACAGAGAUGCAGCUGUAUGUCAUUUGUGGAGAUGGCUUUUGUGCAAUUUGACACUUUUUAAUAGCAUAGUGCAAUGCAUUGUGAUGGCCAAGAGGCUCCUUUAAAAGUGCCUUAUGCUUUUGGGAAUUAAUUUGAUUUCUUUUUUAUAUAUUUGUCAAAACUUGCUAUGACAUUUAAUAAAGUGGAAUGCCUUUUUUCUGCUUUGCAUGAAAUCGCUGAUGAUAGGGCACCAGCCCAACCUGAUAGAACAGAUUGUUUUGUAGCUGCAUCAGUAUUAUAGAGACUCUAAUUGACUGUUUUCUCACUUUUAAAAACACAUUGAUUUAUUGCAGUAUUAUUAAAUAUCUUUUUUAAGUCAAAAGAA